AUGGCAGACAACAACAAUAACAAGAAACCCGAGAAGGAGGGUAUGAGCAAGGCGACCCGCGAGGAUCUGCGCCGCAUGACCAUCGGCCUCACAGACCAAACCACCAUCGAGACGCUCUCCCGUGCCGGUAUGAUGGCCAAGAAUAAGAGAGAGCAAUCACACUUCCAUCGUGAUAUGACCGUCGCCCGCGACGACGUUGCUGGGAAGAAGGAGGCUGAGGCUGAGGAGGACAAGGAUACAGGAGGUGGUGGCAAGGAGCAGAGCAAGAAGCAGACUUGA